GUGUGGUUUAGCGAUUGUCGAUCCGGUGGAUGCUUUGAAGAACACGAACCAAGCAAAGCCUGCUCAUAAGCGUUUGUCGAUAGAACUAGCUUCUACGCGGCAAAGCUUGUGGAGGAUUCCUGGAGAAGCCGAAGGGGGCCACUGGAUGCACGACAAGAAGCCCAAGGACGUGACCGACUGCGUUCGUUGGGUGAACACCAACGUGAUGUUGGCAGAGUCUUUGACGAAG